AACUUCCGCGCAUCUACGAGGGCCGGGACUGCCGCUACCUUUCUGGAAGGCGCCGGCUGGCCAGUCACCGGCUGAAUCCCGCCGGAGGCGGCUCCCAGUCUCCGGCUGCGGGGCAGGGACCCGGGUGCCCCGCCCCCGCCCCCAGCCCGCCCCCAGCCCGCCCCCAGCCCGCCCUCCGUAUCUGGCCCCUGGGCAGCCGUCCGGGGAGGCGGCCAGCGAGUUGGGGCCGCGCGAUGUCACACGGAGCCGGGCUCGUCCGCACCACGUGCAGCAGCGGCAGCGCGCUCGGACCCGGGGCCGGCGCGGCCCAGCCCAGCGCGAGCCCCUUGGAGGGGCUGCUGGACCCCAGCUAUCCCCGGACCCACGCGGCCCUGCUGAAAGUGGCGCAGAUGGUCACCCUGCUGAUUGCCUUCAUCUGCGUGCUGCGGAGCGCCUCGUGGACCAACUACAGCGCCUACAGCUACUUUGAAGUGGUCACCAUUUGCGACUUGAUAAUGAUCCUCGCCUUUUACCUGGUCCACCUGUUCCGCUUCUACCGCGUGCUCACCUGUAUCAGCUGGCCCUUGUCGGAACUUCUGCACUAUUUAAUCGGUACCCUGCUCCUCCUCAUCGCCUCCAUCGUGGCAGCUUCCAAGAGUUACAAUCAGAGCGGACUGGUAGCCGGAGCGAUCUUUGGUUUCAUGGCCACCUUCCUCUGCAUGGCAAGCAUAUGGCUGUCCUACAAGAUCUCAUGUGUAACCCAGUCCACAGAUGCAGCUGUCUGAUGAGGGCACAACCCCUGGGCCCCUCAGGAGCUUUGCAAAGAGGACGUGUACUCCAGGCGAGGCCUGUGGACCUGUGUUCCCGUGCCAAAGUCCUGUCAGGCUGGUGGGAACCAGGAAAGGCCUGCCCCCUCUUCCUGCUGUCCCCGGAAGCCAGCUCCCAGAGCUCCUGAGCCAGCCGGAAACUCUUCCUCCAGCCUUCCGGGGAGACUAUUCCUCCCCUUCUGGAAAAGGAAAGCAGCCUCCAGGGAAAUCUGUUUUCUGCCUUCCUGCUUCUAGAACCACCUCAGGUACUGAUGAACCCCACUUAGCACAGCUGGAGGGGUUUGUGAAUACUCCUGCCUAAAUCCCUUCUACUUCACUCCUCAGGGGGGAGUGAAGCGCCUUAAGAAACAAAGUCCCCUCCUAAUUUAUCUAGCUUGUCAGUCCAGUCUUAGAGAUACCCUCUUUCCUGAAGCGAGGCGUGCCUGUAGAAACACUAUGUGGUUAGCCUGUCCCUAAGGAGAUCUCGCGUCUCCUCUCCGUCUCUGCCUUUGUUACCAUUGUACACGUUUAUGCGUUUUUUAAUAAAAUAUUGACUCGGCCAGUUGCA